AUGGCCCCCAACAAAAUUGCAACUGACAUUAAGUUUGACCUCAAUGAUGGUAAUCAAAUUCCAGCUCUCGGAUUAGGUACGGUUCCACCUGAGGAUCCAAGUGAAGUCAAACAACAAGUUAUCACUGCUGUUAAGGCCGGAUAUCGUUUAAUUGAUACAGCUUGGUAUUAUGGCACUGAGAAGUAUAUUGGUGAAGCCCUUAAAGAACUUUUUGCUGAUGGAUACAAACGUGAAGAUUUAUACAUUACCACUAAAGUUUGGCCUUCUUUGCAUGAUAAUCCUGAAAAAUCGUUGGACAAGUCAUUGUCUGAUUUGGGAAUCGAAUACGUUGAUUUACUUUUGCAACAUUGGCCUGUGUGUUUUAAAAGUGAUGAAAAUGGAGAACCUGCAGUGCCCAAGGAUGGGAAUGGAAAUGUGAUCUUCGACGACGAUCCUGCCAGCGGUACCAAGUUCAUUGAUUUCUACAACAAGAUUGAAGACAUUAAAUUGAAUACCAAUAAGGCAAGAUCUGUCGGCGUCUCCAAUUACUCAAUCCCUAAAUUGAAGCAGCUUUUACCUAAGAUUAAAAAGUUUAUUCCAGUUCUUAACCAAAUUGAAUACCACCCCCAAUUACCACAACAAGAUUUGGUCGACUUUUGCCAAGAACAUGGUAUCUUAAUUGAAGCAUACAGUCCAGUCGGAAGCACUGGCGCCCCAGUGUUGAAGCUUCCAUACGUGAAAGAGUUGGCUAAUAAAUAUGAAGUUACUGUGAACCAAGUUGCCAACGCUUACCAUAUUAAUGAUGGCCGCAUUUCAAUUCCAAGAUCGUCUAAUCUUGAAAGAAUUAAGGCUAAUGUUGUUAUCCCACAACUUUCCAAGGAAGAAUUGAAGACCUUGUAUCAAAUCGGAGCAGACAAGCCAAAAAGAUAUAUCAACGAUCCUUGGGGAUACGGAUUAGGUUUCGAAUGGUGGGAAGGUGACACCCUUUCAAAGGGUGAGUAG